ACUCACUUCAUUUAUACCUUGUCCUUUCUUCAACCUCCUCUCUCUUAUUUCUCAAUCUCAAAUCCCUACAACUCCUCCCUUCAAAUGACCUCAAAUCCCAAAGGAAAAAUCCAAAAUUUUCUCUCCUCUUCUUCUUCUUUUCUCUCCCUCAUCCUAUCUCUUUAAUUUUCUAAAAAAAAUAAAAAUCCAUCUGGUAGGAUAUAUGUCAUAGUUCUUUGAAAUAUCCUACAAAUAACUCAAGAAACAACUAGCUAAAAAAGAAGAAGACCUAGAGAGCAACAAGGAAGAAAAGAAGGAGAAAAAGGGGUGAGGAAAAAAAAUGAAUUUAGCUAUGUCCUAAGGUUAUAAUUUAUUUUUUUUGAUUUUUGAAAUUUGAACUAUGCAUUAUAAAUUGAGACAAAAGGAGUAACAAGAAGUCACAUAAAUUGAGACAGAAAGAUUAACAAGGAGUCAAAGGAUAUAUGGAACUAUUCCCAUCACAACCACACUUAUCUCUAAAAAUCAGCCCACCAAACAUCCAACCUUCAUCAUCAACUUGGAAGAGGAAAAUUGCAAGUAGUAGUACUAGUGAAGAUGGUGAGAAUAUGGAUUUGGGAUUUUUGAAAAGAGUUCAUGUGGUGGAAUCAACAAAUUCUAUGUUGAAUAAUAGUAACAUCACUUCUUCUUCUUGUUUUGACCAUUCUUUAUCCAAUAAUAAUCCAACAAGACCUAAUAAUUAUUCUUGUGACCCUAAUUCUUCUCAUCAUUUACAUCAUCUCCAAAAUUAUAUUUCACAACAAAAUCAAAUGAUAAUAAGAAGAAUUCCAAUGUACCAUCAAAAACCCUUUGAUAGUACUACUACAUUUCCUAUACCUCCUUCCCCUUAUUCUAGUAUUAGAAAUAAUAUUAUUAAGAACACAAUUAGUACUUAUGCCUCUAGUACUAGACCUAAUUUUCAACAAGGUGGGUUUUUUAGAUCAAGAUUUCCUGGUAAACGGAGCACGAGGGCUCCGAGGAUGCGAUGGACAAGUACUCUCCAUGCUCGUUUUGUUCAUGCGGUUGAGCUUUUGGGUGGCCAUGAAAGAGCAACACCAAAGUCAGUUCUUGAGCUUAUGGAUGUGAAAGAUCUCACCUUAGCACAUGUCAAAUCCCAUUUACAGAUGUAUCGGACAGUGAAGACAACUGAUAGAUCAGCUUCUUCAGGCCAAUCUGAGGUAUUCGAUAAUAUGUCAUCUGGAGAUACAUCAGAGGACUAGAUUGUUGAAACUGAAGAAUAUUCAAGAAAGUCUGAAUUAAUAGUUCAACAAGAUAGAAGGAAUAUUCAUCAAUAUAAUGAUUUUCAUGGUCUUUGGAGCAACUCUUCAAGGUGAACAUCUAUGAAAAAUUAUUUCAAAAAAAAAGUGAAUUUGUAUUUAUUUUUGGCCAAAAGGGUCUUAGUGCCAAAGCUAAACCCUAGCUAGUAAAAAAGUAAUGACCCUAUAUGUGGAAAAAUUUUGGUGUAAAGAAUUUUUAUAAUAUUUUAGUAGUAUAUUAAUUGACGUGUUAUAA